AUGAAAUGUAAACAUCACAGGUCGGUUGUGUAUUUGAGUAGGAGUGAAAGACUGAAAGGUUUCUCGAAAUUAAAGUCUCAAAUCUCCACUGACCCUUUGCCUAUGUUCAUUUCUUUUUGUUUUCGUCUUUCAAUCUUGAAAUAUAUCUCAGUUUUAUCUCUCUAUGAUAUCUUUAAAUCUGAACCCUUAUUACACGCAGCAUUAAGCUUUAGUUUUGGUGCCACAAGUCACAAACUUCUCCAUGAUGAUAUUUCAUACGAAAGGUUUAAUGGAUUGAAUGAGAAAUUCAAGAAUAAUGAUGAUCAGAACGGCAAAUGCUGGAAGGAAAAACAAACAAACACGAGGGACAGAAAAAAAAAUCGUAUUUGGGUUUCUUUUUUAUGCUGCGCUGCCACCCCAGAAUGGCUACAGCUGAGAGCGAAAGAAAGAAAAAAGCUUUUUUAUUGCUUUAUGUUGAAGCAAACAUUAAAACGCAGCAUGAAUAUUAAAUAG